GGCUCGGGGGUCGGCCCGGUGGCAGGGGCCCCCGCGAUCGGCCUAGCGGGGAGCCCGCGCCGCGCUCAGCCUGGCAGCCCCGCGCCCUGAGCAUCUCCCGGAGGCGCGGAGACAGACAGACAAAGGAGGAUUCAUGUCCAAAGGGCUCCCAGAGGCCAGGACGGACGCAGCCAUGUCAGAGCUGGUUCCUGAGCCAAGGCCAAGGCCCGCUGUGCCCAUGAAGCCCGUGAGCAUCAACUCCAGCCUGCUGGGCUACGUGGGCAUCGACUCCAUCAUAGAGCAGAUGCGCAAGAAGACCAUGAAGACCGGCUUCGACUUCAACGUCAUGGUCGUGGGUCAGAGCGGGCUGGGCAAGUCAACGUUGGUGAACACGCUCUUCAAAUCCCAAGUGAGCCGCAAGGCCUCCAGCUGGAACCGGGAUGAGAAGAUCCCCAAGACGGUGGAGAUCAAAGUCGUAGGGCACGUGAUAGAGGAAGGCGGUGUUAAAAUGAAGCUGACGGUCAUCGACACCCCAGGAUUUGGGGACCAAAUCAACAACGAAAACUGUUGGGAGCCCAUUGAGAAAUACAUCAACGAGCAGUAUGAGAAGUUCUUGAAGGAGGAGGUGAACAUCGCGAGGAAGAAGCGCAUCCCCGACACGCGUGUGCACUGCUGUCUCUACUUCAUCUCCCCCACUGGACACUCCUUGCGGCCACUGGAUUUGGAAUUCAUGAAGCACCUCAGCAAAGUUGUCAACGUCAUCCCGGUCAUUGCCAAGGCAGACACCAUGACCGUGGAGGAGAAGUCAGAGUUCAAGCAGAGGGUCCGCAAGGAACUCGAAGUGCAUGGCAUUGAGUUCUACCCGCAGAAGGAAUUCGAUGAGGAUCUGGAGGACAAGACGGAGAAUGACAAAAUCCGGCAGGAGAGCAUGCCCUUCGCGGUGGUGGGAAGUGACAAGGAAUACCAGGUCAACGGCAAGCGCGUCCUGGGCAGGAAAACCCCCUGGGGGAUCAUUGAAGUGGAGAACCUCAACCACUGUGAGUUUGCCCUUCUUCGUGACUUCGUCAUCCGGACCCACCUGCAGGACCUCAAGGAAGUGACGCACAACAUCCACUACGAGACCUACCGGGCUAAGCGGCUCAAUGACAACGGAGGCCUCCCUCCGGUGAGCACAGACACGGAGGCCAGCCGCGACAGUAACCCCUGACGCCACUCUGUCCCAUCACACAUCCCCUCACACAGCAUCCUACACACCACCUCCUUUCUCUCUCUUCUCUCCCACGGGCCUGUGUGCUGUUUGUGGAGCACUGUGUGUGUGUGUGUGUGUGUGUGUGUGUGUGUGCGUGCGUGUGUGUGCGUGUGUGUGUCUUUGUGUGCAUGUGAACUCAGGGCUAAGGUCUGCUCACGGCCUUCCCUGGAAAGUCCUAUGUCAAUUGGGUUCUCCAUGGCUGUCCAUUAUCUAUCUUCUUUCCCUGUGUCCCAGAACAGAGUGGCGGCCCCUCUCCAGAGGCCUGGAGGUGGGAUGUUUUCUUUUAAAAGAAGACAGGAGCCAGGGAACCUGAGGGAACUUUCUUAUCUUUGAGCCUGCCCCCUAGAGGGACCCAGAUUCUCCGAGGACAAAAUUUGAGCAUUAAGCACUUACCUCUCCUUCCCGGGGAGCCUCGUGGGCUGAGGACCCAGAGACGGUCUGAAGCUCCCAGGACUGCAGAGGGUCGGCUAGUGCGGGCCAGUAGGGAAGGGAGCUCCACCCUUGGUUUGUGUCGCUGUCACUGUCACCGAUGCUGUCCACCCCCUCCUCGCCUUCCUUGCCUCUGCACCCCUUUCUUGCCCUUUUCUUCGCCUCCUUCAGGACUAAUCAGCAUCAGCUUCCUGCCUGUAUUUAAGGCUAACACUUCAUCGCUUCAUUGACUUACAAAACUGACUGAGAGUAAGGGCCUUAGUGAUAGCACAGUGGGGAGACCGUUUGCCUUCCACGUAGCUGACUCAAGUUAGAUACCUGGCAUCCCAUAGGGUCCCCUGAACCUGCCGGGAGUAAGCCCUGAAAACUACUGGAUAUGACCCCAAAACAAAACCAAACCCAAAAUGACUGAGACCGCCAGUCCAAAGAGAGUCUGGAGGAGCAGGUGGCAGGGGGACUGUGGGGGACAAUGUCUGUACCCACAAAAACCCUGUAGUUGUGCUGGCAGUCGAGAUGCAGUCUAGUCAGCCUUCACAGGCCUUCAGUUCUAGAAGAACUGGAAGCAAAAAGCUCAGAGUUGCUCUAAGCGUUGGCCUUGCCCGUGGUCCAACUUCCAGACAGAAUCUUUCUUCAGUGGUUCCUCCUCUGCAAAGCUGGUUUCCCUUUAUUUCCUUCCCCUGCUGUCUGCGUGUCGCUCUGCUCUCUCCUCACUUUUGUGCUAGUUGCCGCAUUCCUGUCUGUCUCUGUGCAUCUCCUGAGCGCCCACCAUCCUGCCCUCUAUUUAUUAAGGAGCUGCUCCCUCCUGCCCUCUAUUUAUUAAGGCACAUUCCCUCAAGCGACCCUCCGGGCUUUGUUCACAGACUCCUCCUUUAGCCCAUCAAGUCGCUGAAAUUUGGGCGCCCCCCACCCGAAAAAAGACCACUUAGCCUUAGGCAAAAGGAAAACACCAAAUGAGACCGUUUACAAUCGCCUCAUCCCCACCUUCAGUUCUCGCCCUGGUCUACUCCUAGGUGCUUUAGACCUCUAGAAAUCCCAGCGUUAUAGUCACUUAUCACUCAUCAGGUGCUAGGAAAAGACAAAGACUUAAGACCAAGGUCAGUGGGCCAGGAGAAGGAGGUGGGUGAUCAGAUGGCCGGUGACCCCAGACCCCCAGUCUCAUCUCUGUUGAGGCUCUUAACCCCCCAAACCCAGUUUCUUUCCCUCACAGGCAUCUAGGGCCCGAGCCUGGAGUCACUCCAUUUACACAGAAGUGGGGGGCUCUGCCCACCUUCUCCCACCAGCAGUUCAGUGUAGAGAUGGGGGAAAAGGGCCAGACACCCAAUUGCCCCUCCCUGACUCCAGGAAAGAUCUUGGGUGGGGGUGGGGGGGCCAGGUGCUGGUGAGCCGAGCAGGACAUUGGCUCUAGGUUCCCCUAAGACCCUGGCACAGCUGUCUUAUGUCUGUGGCCAGCUGUUGGCCUCCACACCCUCAACCGUUCUCAACUCCCCCUGCAGGGAGAAGGUCUCCUGAGCAAUGUCCUUCCACCGGGGCCAGCCGCCCCCUGCCCCACAGCUGAGUGAAGGCCCUUCCAAGCACCGCUUCUUCCUCCACUCCUCGUGGCCCUUAGAGCUGCGGGGCCAUGUGGCCUUUGUGGCGCUGACAGGGGCAACCCUGAGCAGGAGGGAGAGCUUGCUGCCUCCCCCCCUUGCAGAAUGGAGUUCUCGCCGCACUGCCCUCCUCCAUCGUCUGUGUCUGCCUGCCUGUCCCAGCCUGUCUGUGGGGUGAAAGGACUCACCAAGCGCUGCUUCUGCCCUUGCCAACCCCCUGCCAGCUACCUGUGACCACCCGCCAGGAAUGGCACGCGUGGCCCCUUCCCUGCUCCUCUGCAUGCGCUGCUCUUGGGUCCCUUCGGGGGGCCAAGAAGGCAACCUUGCUUCUUGUUAGAUUUGUGGACAGCAGCUGUGUGAACCCCAGUGUGGGACAAGGGUGUCUCCUGUGUUUCCCUAAAAGCGUUGUCAGGAUGAAUCAUCCCAGAAGGGGAGCAAGGGUUAGGAUGGCUUUUUUAUUUUGUUUAUUUGGUUUUUUGUUUAUAAAUCCACCUCACCAUGUUUGGCUGGCCCAGAGUAGUUUCCUAUCCUUUCUUAUUCACCAACUAGCCACUUGGGAAGAGUGAUUUCCCUGAAGAGACAUUUCUGGAACUCACUUCCUUAUCCUCAGACUUCAAAAAAAAAAGGGGGGGGGGGGAACUAAACACACAUACAGAAAUUUCCAGAAGCCCAUAGAUGUGAAUUUAAGGAAGAAAACAUCCUUCUGACCACGUAGCAAUAAGAGGGAGCUCUUCCCAGCCACCCCCUCCCCAAUAAAACUUUCCCUUCCACCCCGUUCAUGUGAGUCAUGAGUUAGCAGCCUGCAGGUAGUCACCGUGGGCCAGUGGAAAGCACCCCACAGAGGGCAGAGCCCUCCCUCCGAUGCAUGAAUGUUUGCGAAUGUUGGCUGCCACUGCCCCUCCCACACUAUGUCUCUAUGGAACACCCCCGCCCAACACGCCCCCAUCUCCACCUGGACACAACUUGCUCAAAGGCUGGUGACCUGUGGGCCACUGACCUGCCGCCAAGUCCUGUCGGAGCAAAAGGCCCAAGCCUAGGGGAUGCAAGAAGGACCCGUUUCUUGAACGGGACCAGUCCCAGCCCAUCUUUUUGGUGACACAAGGAUUCAGCUCCCAACUGAAAACAAGCCAACAAACAUUCAAAUUGGUUGUGUAAAUGUUGCUCGAUUUUCUGUGUUGUAGAACUAAACGUUGCUGUUUGAAUCAG